AUGAAAGCCGUUAUUCUCUUCGCUCUUGCUGCCGUGGCUAUGGCCCGCGCACCCGGACAGAGACUGCCACGAUAUUAUGACGACAGUAAGAUAGUUGACGGCACCGUGGUGGUUGCCGGGGAGGUCGGAUGGCAGGUAAUCCUGUACAGAUCAGGCUCAUUCACCUGUGGUGGCAGUCUGAUCAGCAACAGACAUGUACUGACUGCCGCUCACUGUGUGCAUCCAUACCAGAAUAACCCGGAAUAUUUCUCCGUUCGCAUGGGAACACUGGAGCAGAGCAGUGGCGGAAUAACGAGAAAAGCAAAUCGAAUCCUGAGGCACGAGACAUACAGCUCCAGCGCCAUCUACGAUGAUGUUGCGGUCAUCGAGCUUGAUAAGCCAGUAGUGUUCACUAGCAACGUUCAUCCCAUCGCCUUGGCUAGCAACGAUGACGAGAAGUACGUAGACUGGCAGGCUACUACAUCUGGAUUCGGACGCAUUAGCGGGAAUGGACCCACAUCCUCCGUCCUCUUGAAGGCUGAUCAAGUGAUCGUCUCUGGUGAGGCCUGCCAAGCCUAUUACGGAUCCUUUGUCCAGCCAGCGGGAAUGAUCUGCUCCGGACAGGGAAAGCAGACAGUAUGCAGUGGUGACAGCGGCGGCCCACUGUGGGUGAUGCAGAACUAUGAGCCAGCCCUGGUAGGAGUCACAUCCUGGUCGGUCAAUGGCUGCCAGAUUGCCGGCUAUCCUGACGGAUUCGCCCGCGUCACCUACUACUACCCAUGGAUCAUGAAGGCCGUCGCCACGCUGUCCUAAGUCCUAAUAGGUUAACACGUCGUCGCGUCUGACGUCAUCGGCGCUUCGUGUCUAGCAAUUAUGACGGUGACCCCACCGUCUCGGUAUCAUGCCUGUAUCGGAUUCUGAUUCAAUGAAGCAAUGAAGCAAUGAUUAAAAUACCCUGGUUUAUAUCCAUAUACAUUAAUGUGAUUAUGGUAGUCGAUGUUUUUGGAAUUAAUGCGAAUAUGACAUAAAAAUAAAUCCGCUUU